AUGGAUAUCAUCUUUGAGACCCCGGAAGGCACAGCUUUCUCCAUUGAAAUCGGCUUCUUUGACACUGUCCUGGAAAUCAAAGAAAAGGUGCACAUGUACCAGGGAAUUCCUGUGGCUAGACAAACUCUUGCAUUCAAUGGCAAAGUUCUCGAGGAUGAGCGAGAUGUCGAGUAUUGUGCACUCUUCCAGGACUGUCGAGUUCAACUCCUCAUCGCCAAUGAACCUCAAGUGAUGGAGAUUAAUGAACAAGAAUCUUCCCCGUCCAAGAAAAUCCAGCUCAAGAUCAAGACACCGUCCUCCGACGCCUACGUUCCUCUUGAGAUGGACGAGGACGACACCAUCCUACAGUUAAAAGAAAAGAUUCAUGAGAUGGAACCUAUCCCUAACAUUGUCAACAGGUUCCUACUCAAGUCGAACGGGGAGGAGUUGCAAGACCAUCAAUCUUUACGAGACUAUGGGUUCACAGAUGACGCUGAGAUUAACGUAUUUGUCAACCCGACGGCCAUUCCUUCAGGGACAGUCGAGAUUAAUGAAGAAGAACCUUUGCCGUCCAAGAAAAUCCAACUGAAGAUCAAGAUACCAUCCUCCAGGGACUCUGUUCCUCUUGAGAUGGACGUGGACGACACCGUCCUACGGUUAAAAGAAAAGAUUCAUGACAUGGAACCUAUCCCUGUCAACAGGUUGGUGCUCCAGUCAAACAGGGCGGAGUUGCAAGACCAUCGAUCUUUACGGGACUGUGAGCUCACGGAUAAUGCUGAGAUUGACGUAUUUAUCAAGCCGACGGCCAUACAUUCAGAGGCAGGGUCGUCGAAGAGGGCCAAGAAGGGGACCAAACAGCUCAAGGUGAUGGUGUUGCCCUGGCAGGGGACCGUGAAGAUACCGGUGGAAGUCAAUCCGUCGGAUAAUGUGGAAGAGCUGAGAAAAGAACUGGAAAAGUUGCAGCAAAGAAAUCAGAUCAAUCUCCCUGUAGAAGGUUACUUCUUCAUACAUAAACAGAGUAUACUGGACGAUCAUAAAUCGUUUAGGUGGCAAGAUGUUGCCAAUGGUGAUACCAUUGAAAUCUUCCCCGGAAUGGUUACCAAUGGAUGA